AUGAAUCAAGACAUCAAAUCAACAAGACCACCAAUCACAAUCCUAUACGGAAGUCAAACCGGAACAGCCGAAGACCUAUCCCACCAAGUUUCCCAAAGACUCCAAAGACUCCAACUCAAAACCAAUGUCUCAUCCAUCGAUGACUUCCAUCCCGACUCCAUCUUCUCAUCCACCCCAACCUCAUGCUCAUACAUAAUUUUUAUAGUAUCAACAACAGGUCAAGGAGUCGAACCUACUAAUAUGAAACGGUUUUGGAAAUCUUUAUUACAGAAAACUUUACCGUUCGAUUUGUUUGAAAACGUGAUGAGCUUUACGGUCUUUGGUUUAGGUGAUUCGAGUUAUCCAAAGUUUAAUUGGUCAAGUAAAAAACUUUAUAGAAGGUUACUUCAACUUGGUGCACAUGAGUUUUUUAAACGUGGUGAAGCUGAUGAUCAAAACACAAAUGGAAUCGACACUACUUUCACACCUUGGCUAGAUCAACUAUGUACCACUCUACUUGAACUGAUACCACUUCCACCCGGUCUAGAAGUGAUCCCAGAAACCCAACUCCUUCCAGCUCGUUAUACCCUCAAGCCAAUCCAAGACCCACCGUCCUCAUUUACCGAUCCAUCAUCCGAUUUCAGUUCAACUUUCGCAAGACUUUCUAAAAACGAACGUCUCACACCUGAUGAUCAUUGGCAAGAAACAAGACACCUUGAAUUUGAUUUUGAUGAACGGCUUGAAUUCUUACCGGGUUGGGUAGCUUCUGUCUUACCCGAGAACUCGGCCGAAGAAGUCAAUCAACUUUUAAAACUAAUGAAAUGGGAAGAAAUAGCUGAUGAGCUCUACGAAUUGAAAAGUACAAUCAAAGGACAAAGUUUACCUGAUUCAUGGAACAAACCAUGUACACUUCGUGAACUGUUUACUACUCGAUUCGAUUUCCUAUCAGUACCUAAAAAAUCUUUCAUUUCAUGGAUCUCAUAUUUCGCUCAAAACCAAGACCAAAGCGAAAGGUUAAAAGAGUUUUGUACCAUAGAAGCACAAGAUGAUUUGUAUGAUUAUAUCAAUCGACCUAAACGAACGAUUUUAGAAGUUUUACAAGACUUUAAGUCGGUAGAAAUCCCCUUAGAUUAUCUACACGACAUCUUUCCGAUCAUCAGGCCUCGACAAUUCUCAAUCGCCUCGUCUCCCAAGAUCUUUCCAAACCAAAUCCAUUUACUUGUAGCCGUUGUUAAGUAUCAAACAAGAAUCGUAAAGGCUCGUAAAGGUCUAUGUACAAGUUGGUUAUCAAAACUCAAACCAGGUUACUUUACUUUCUCAUCUGUCGAUCCUCAAUCUCCUGUGAUCUGUAUCGGACCUGGCACUGGCAUUGCUCCUUUUAGAUCUUUGAUUCAACAUCGAUCUUCUGAACCUCAACUUCAACAUCCAUAUCAAGAUUUAGUUUUCUUUGGAUUUAGGAAUUUGGAAAAAGAUUGUUAUUAUAGGGAAGAAUGGAUGAGGUAUCAAACUGAAGGAAAUUGUAAAGUGGUUUUAGUUGCUUCUAGAGAUCAGGUUGAGAAAAAGUAUGUUCAACAUGAAAUUGAAAAUAAUAGUGAAGAGAUAUGGAAAAUGAUUUUUAAAGAUCAAGCUUCUAUCUUCAUAUCAGGUUCAGCAGGACAAAUGCCAAAAUCGGUAAGAAAAGCAUUAAGAAAUGUUUUUGAAAAAGAAGGAAAGAUGAAGGAAGACGAAGUUGAUGGGUUGAUUGAAAGGCUUGAGAAGACGGGUCGACUUCAAGAAGAAACUUGGAAUUAAAUAUACGAAAAUCAAGUUCAACAUCAACAUCAAAAGAUUUGAUUCAUGCAGUUUUAAUGCCAAUUCCCCGGUGGGUUUUUUUGUAAAAACUUGGAUCGAACAUGAUUAAUUUUAUUGUUUUUUCUUUUGGUUCGGUUUAAUCACUUUAUGAUUUCUCUUUUAUACACUUAUUAUUUAAUCUUAACAAUAAUCAUAGAAACCAUUCCUCUCAUGGUUUUAAAACAUAUCACAUUUAAAAGUUGAUUGAAGCAAUGAAAAAAAUAUCAUGAUCACUC